AUGGAAAGAGAGAGAGCGCAGCUUACUCCUGAAAUCAUAGGAAGAUUUCUCUACUACAUUAUUCGAUCCUCUUUGAAUCGCCAUGAAAGCAGUGGAAUCAUCUCUAACAGAGACGCUCCUGGGUUUCUCUCCUCCAUGGAAAUAGAGAGAGUGAAGCUUGCAAAAGACAUCAUAAGAAGAUUUAUCCACCACAUUAUUCGACCCUCUUCGAAUCGCAAUGAAAGCAGAGGAGAAAUCAUCUCUAACAGCGACGCUUCUUCUGGGUUACUCUCCGCCAUGGAAGGAGAGAGAGCGAAGCUUGCAAAAGACAUCCUAAGAGGCUUUCUCCACCACAUUAUUCGAUCCUCUUCGAAUCGCAAUGAAAUCAGACGAAUCAUCUCUAACGGCGAAGCAAUCGUCAGAAGACUCGGAACAACAUCAUCGUCGUCGUCGUCGCUUAGGGUUACGAAACGGAAGAAGAUGAUUUCAGAUGGCUCAGAUCUGCUUCCAAUCGAUCUCGUAAUCGAGAUAUUCAUACGAUUACCCGUCAAAACCCUAGCGAGAUUCCUCUGUUUGUCGAAGAUCUGGAAAUCCACAAUCCGCAGCCGAUAUUUCAAGAAAUUGUACAUCGCCGAGUCAUCGUCUUCUUCGAAUCGUCAUCGACCAAGAAGUCUCAUUUUCUCCCUAAGGCGUGAUGGCCACGAAUGCUUCUACUUCUCCUCGCUUCAAACCAAGAACCCAUCAGGUGAAGCUACUUACCAUUUGAGUCAUCCUACGAACAAGUUCACAAUCAAUUCUUCAUCUAUCCACGGUUUUAUCUGCUAUGGAACUGCUUCUAAAGCCAGGCUAUACAACACUAUCAAGAGACGAUCCAUUGCUCUGCCCAUGGUCGAUUCUAAGAAGAAGCUUUUGCAUCAGUUCUUGGGUUACGAUCCCAUCGAUGGUGUUUACAAAUUGCUGUGUAUGACCACUGGUAAGAAAGCUGUAGCUAAAGAGAUUCAGGUUCUGACUCUGGGAAAGGAGACAUCUUGGAGAAAGAUUGAGACUUGUGCUUUUGUUCACUCUCCUCAUUUUCCUCAGAUAUGUAUAGAUGGGGUUUUAUACUAUGGAGCUUACUAUUGGGAAGGUCGUAAAGAACGUGGAGUGGUUAGUUUCGAUGUUCGAUCUGAAAGUUUCCAUCUUGUCAAAGCACCAAAAGGGAUUGGUAUGAAGUUUACGAAGAUGACAAGGUUCAAUGGGAAGCUUGCACUCAUGUACACUGGACAUCGUAGAAUCGAGUUAUGGGUUUUGGUGGAUGCUGCAAAACAUGAAUGGUGCAACGAGAGUUUCCCUAUGCCUAGAAUAACUGGUUGUAGAGGUUCGUUUGAAGCGUUUUGUGCCAUUGAUGAGACUGGAGAGUUUGUUUUGGCACCAAGAGAGUUUACGGAAACGCCGUUUUGCGUUGUGUAUUAUCAUCCGAUGAGGGGAAGCGUGAGAAAAGUCGACUUUCAAGGGAUCACAGAACAGGUGCCUCCACCAAGUUGGGGUCUGUGUACACGGAAUUGGCGUACAAUGUCUAUCUUCCCUAAUCAGGUUGAGAAUCUCUUGUUUCUCUAA